CGGCACAGGCACACAGUCAGUGACACAGGCAAGAAGGAAAACUGAACAGCAAACUGAGGCACCAUCCAAAGUCCCUCUCCGUUUUGGUCUCGUUUUCUUGGGUUCGUUCGCCUCCCUUUACGGAGAGUGGCCACUGCUGAUCAGGUUUCAGUCCCUUCUCUGAAGGUUUUUAGCACGGAUAUCGCUGUGGCUUAUUUGUUGAAGGGGUUGCUGUGGAUACUGACGGCAGGGGAGGCUGCACUGGAGCUAGAGGAUAGAGUGAACGAGCCGCCUGCUGCAGAGAGUGCCGCUAUGGAGCAGAUGAGGCUGAACCAGGCGAGGCAAACAUGAGAUUCACGCCGCACUUUCUGUGAAGGCUACAUCCAGCGCAAGAGACAGAGCCCCAUAUGCUUGCAGAGCUCCUGCUGCACGCCACGUUACUUGCCAGCAUUUUCUUUGCGCAGAGAGUUGAUGGAAGCGGAGGGUGUAAAGAAUCAGCCCAGCCAGAUGUGUUAGCUUCGCCGGUCAUGUGAUUUCUCAUGAGGGUUGGGUGAAGUGGUGGAGGGUCUGGUAGACCCUGGAGCAUCUUUUCCUUUCGCUGUGACUGCGUGAAUAGCGGCGCCUGAAUGAGAACAAGCAAUGCGGGCAACAGUAAUCCUGGUGCAGGUAAACCCAGGUGAGGCCUUCACUAUACGACGAGAGGAUGGUCAGUUUCAGUGUAUCACAGGUCCUGCUCAGGUUCCCAUGAUGUCUCCAAAUGGUUCAGUGCCUCCAAUCUAUGUGCCUCCUGGAUACAUUUCGCAGAUCAUUGAAGAGAACGGAGUGCGGCGGGUUCUGGUUUUACCUCAGCAGCCAGAGUUCCACCCAGGGGGCCACUCCCCUCUCCACCACCCUCCACCUCCACCCCAUGCCCACCUGCCUGCCUUCAUCCCGCACCCUGCUAUGAUGCCCCCACCACCCCACCUGUACCCAGGCAUGGCGGGUGGCGUGGGCGACAUGAGUUCUCAAUACAUCUCCCAGUACCAUCCAGCUCAUAUCUACUCAGAGCAGGGCUCUACAGAUUCUCACUCCCAACACGGACGCCCGCCGUUUGUCCACAGAGACGACAGAACGAGCAAAACCUACGAGCGUCUGCAGAAGAAAUUGAAAGAGCGUCACGGAGGUGGAGGAGGAGGGCAGGUGAAGGAAAGCCCUCCCCUUUCGCCGCAUAAGACUUGCAGUAGCCCCCCGACGGCGGACAUUCACAAUGGCGUCGGAGGGAAAGGGCUGGAGGUGGAGCAGGAGCUGCUUAGCCAUGCAGUGGCCGGCCCCGACAAGCAGGCAGGCAGGGGGAAAAAUGGCGAGUCAGGAGAGCUUGACGAGGAAGCUCGGGCCCUGCAAGCACUGUUGAGCACUAUCACUAAACCAGUGGUGUCGGACGUCCAGGCCAAAGUAGUGGUAGUGAGCUGGAGUGCACCCUCCAGACCAGAGAGCGACGGCAGCAGUGUGCAGGACAGCUGCUGCCCCCCGGAGACCUUCGGCUACGAAGUCUCCGUCUCGUUAAGCGGCAAAGAUGGGAAGUACAACGUCAUGUAUUGUGGGGACGAACUAAGUGCUACUUUAGAAGACCUUCGACCAGCAACAGAGUAUCACAUCAGGGUCCAGGCCAUGUGUAACUGUUUACAGGGAAGCCCGUCGGAGGCUGUGAGCUUCACCACUUUAAGCUGUGAGCCGGAUCCUCCCAAUGCUCCCAGGAAGGCCAGCGGGACCAAGAACACACUGGUUCUCCAGUGGAAGGCUCCUUGUGACAAUGGUUCCAAAAUCCAAAACUACAUUCUUCAAUGGGAUGAGGGGAAGGGCACUGGGAUUUACGAACAGUGCUACUAUGGACUUCAGAAGCAGUACAGAGUGACCAAGCUCUCACCGGCUUCCAGAUAUUCCUUCCGCCUUGCAGCCAAAAAUGACAUGGGUGUCAGCGAGUUUAGUGAAGUGGUGGACCUGUUCACCUCAUGCAGUGUGCCAUUGCCACCCUUCCCUCCAGAGCUGGAGAAGGCGGGGGUGACCUGGCUGUGUCUGAAGUGGCAGAGACCCACCAGCUCGCCAAAGGAGGAUGACAUCUUCUAUAUUUUGGAGAUGGAGGAGGAAGGCUCGGGAUAUGGCUUCCAGCCAAGCUACGACGGCGACGAGCUCUCCUGCACAGUCAGGAAUCUCCACAGGAGCACCAAAUACAAGUUUAGGGUGGCGGCAUACAACUCAGAAGGCAAGAGUAACCCUAGCCAGUUGGUGGAGUUCAUCACGAUCCCAGACAGACCCAGCAGUCCCUGCAGACCUGUCAUCAGAGGAAGAGUCCUGCCCAACAGCUUCAAGAUGGCGUGGGAGCCCCCAAAAGAUAACGGGGGAGCAGAAGUCACAAAGUAUGUCGUGGAGCUGUCUGAGGGCUUAAGCGGUUUGUCAUGGGAGCUGGUGUACUCGGGCCCAGCCAUGGAGCAUGUGUGUGAGGGUUUGAAGCCGGGCUGCUCCUACCAGACGAGAGUUUACUGCAUGAGCGAGGGGGGGCAGAGCCCGCUGUCGGAGACCCUGCAGGUCCAGACUCCCGCAGUGCCCCCAGGGCCCUGCCAGCCCCCUCGGCUGGUGGGCAAGCCCAAAGCCAGGGAGGUGCAACUGCGCUGGGGUCCCCCUCAGGUAGAUGGAGGCAGCCCAGUGGCCUGCUACAGUGUAGAAGUGAGUGGGCUGCAGUCUGAGGAGAGCAGGGAGGUUUACCAGGGUCCAGAGCUGGACUGCUCCGUGGGAGGCUUAAUGCCUGGCAAAACCUACAGCUUCCGGCUCAAGGCUGCGAACAAGGCUGGGUUUGGGCCUCUUUCGGAGCGCUGUGAAGUUACAACCGGCCCCGGGGCUCCCGAGCAGUGUCGGGCUCCUUCCACCACAUGCAAAUCCCCCAGCUGUGUUGUCGUGACCUGGGAGGCUCCUGCUUGCAAUGGAGCUCCGGUGACCGAGUUUCGUCUGGAGUGGGGGGCCGCUGAGGGCAGCAUGCAGGUGUGUUACAGUGGACCAGGACUCAGCCAUGAAAUGAAGGGGCUACUACCUGCAACCAACUACUUCUGCCGGGCACAGGCUGUGAACGUGGCCGGCGUGGGGCCCUUCAGCGAGGCCAUGUUGUGCCAGACACCCUGCUCUGUGCCCGCAGCCGUCAGCAACGUCUACGCACUGAAGGAGUCCGAGCUGCAACGGUACGAGACCCCGGUGGAUGCAGACGCAGACGAAGACGAGGAGGAGGAAGAAGAGGAAGAGGAAAGCAGUCCCCGGCCGCCACCACUCUACUCUCCAUCCACCUGUCUGGGUAUCUGCUGGGACCCACCCUGCGAUCACGGCUCUGAGAUCACUUCCUACCUGAUUGACCUUGGAGAGCGCCAGCCCAUCGCCAUUGGCCCCGUCAGCCAACACAUAAUUCAGCAUCUGCAGCCUGACACCAGCUACAGGAUCCGGAUCCAAGCCCUGAACAGCCUGGGAGCAGGCCCGUUUAGUCACACCUUUAAGCUGAAGACAAAGCCCCUUCCCCCGCAGCCACCCCGCCUGGAGUGCACUGCCUUUAGCCACCAGACCCUCAGGCUCAAAUGGGGCGAUGGCCCAGCCAAAGCCGCCACCUCAGACGCCCUACAGUAUCAGCUGCAGAUGGAGGACAAGAGUGGCAGAUUUAUAUCCUUGUAUAAAGGACCAUGCCACACUCACAAAGUCCAGAGGCUUAAUGAGUCUACCUCUUAUAUGUUCCGCAUCCAGGCCUUUAAUGAGGCGGGCGAAGGGCCCUUCUCCAAUGUUUACACAUUCACCACCCCGCGCUCUCCUCCGGCCCCCGUUAAAGCGCCUAAAGUGGAGCGUCUAGAGGACAACUCCUGCGAAGUCACAUGGGAGGCCCUCCCGCCCAUGAAGGGGGACCCGAUCACGUACACCUUGCAGUGCAUGAUGGGAAACUCUGAGUUUAAACAGGCCUACAAAGGCUCCUCCACGUCCUUUCACGUGCAGAACAUGCAGCCCAACAGCGACUACCGCUUCCGGGUGUGCGCCAUCAGGCAGUGCCAGGACGCCCCAGAGCUGAGCGGUCCCUACAGCCCCACCAUGACCCUCUCCCCUCAGCGGAACGACACAGCGGCAGUGGGCGGCGGUGGAGCGGCCGGCUCGGGGUCCAGGGCCUCCGCCGAGUCCGGCCGAGCCAGACGGAGCCUGACGGACGAGCAGUGCGCGUUCCUCCUUCUCAUGGUGUUCGCCGUCAUCGCCAUCCUCAUCGCUUUUGUAAUCCAGUACUUUGUCAUUAAAUGAGCAGUUUGCGCCACCCAGCUGCAGGGUUAUAGCUUUAUUCUUCACCCCCCCCCCUCCCCCGUCUCUGUUGUUUUGUACUCUUCGUUUUAUACUUGUUGUUUUUCUGUUGUCAACGGAGUGAUCCCGUCGCUCGCCCGGGGGGGGGGGUGGAGAGGAAGGGGCUGGUGAGUGAGCGAGGCUUUAAAUUGAGGAUGUACCACCUUAUUCGGCACCUGUGAUACCGUCCCGACACUCCUGCCUUUCGUCCCGCCGCCCCGACUGCGUGGUUUCUGUUCAGUUCAGAUUUCUGUCCAGUUAUGAUCAGCUUCCUGUGCGUAAGGUUCACGGAGAGAGCGAGGAUAAGGUUUAUUUUGGGGGAGAGGGUCAGAGAUGGGGCGCUUCGAACUCAUGUACUCAUUGAUUACAAUAUAUAUAGUCAUUAUUUAUAUUUCCAUAAGUGUCCAGUAUGAAACUGUUUUUGAUCGGUGUGUUCCUGAAAUAGUAUGUAGGUGUGUCAUUAGCCUAUCUGCUGUUGGAUCCUGGGACCUGGUGGGCCAGUGUUUGCACGGUGAGUCGUGUGUGUGUCCUGAUGUGUGUGUAGUUUGUGCCACCGAGGUACACGGCUGGGAGGCUCCUUGGCCAGAUGAAGGGACUCGAGCCCCUGCUGGAGUUUAAGGGGUCUAGCGAGAGAAGAACCGGGGGAACGGGAGGAAAAAAACAACCUUGCUCACGUUAUAGAACGUUCAUUUAGCACUUUCCAUCCUUUUUGAUGUUCAGAAUGUUUAAGGAUGCAAAAAUGACUGGAGAAAUGUUAGUAUAUUUUUGUAUAGUUGAAGACGCAAAGACCUGUGAGUUUGAGAGGAGAGAAAAAAAAAUGCUCAGUUUAAAGUUAGAAAACAAACAAGAACCAAACUAACAGUGAAUUCUAAUUAUUUUUACUAUCAUAUAGUUAUACUGUAGCUUGCUUUUACAAUCAUGCAGCUGCUUUACUCCGAAAUAUUGUUGUUCAGCACAAAAAAUGUAUGCUUAACUGUACGGAGUUUUUUUGUUUUGUUUUGUUAUUUUUGUUUUGUUCCCCUGUAAUUGAUUUUGCACCUUAGUGAAAGGAAACCUCGACUGACUGCGUCUUGGUCUUGUGAUGCAUUUUAUAGAAUCACACUUUGAGAUUGUGCAAGCCCCUGCUUGUGUUUUGGGUGUUUUAAAAGUUGUGGUACCACAUAAUAUGUCACUGAAACAGCUGAUCUGUCUCAGCAAAAAUACAUAAAUGAAAAAAGUUAAAAGAGAAAAAAAAAGAGAGAAAACAGUAUGUACCAGUUGUUUCAGAGGCCUUUAUUGGAACGGGGGGGAGGGAAUCUCGGGAGAAUUUUCUUAAUUUCUCUUAAGUUUUGAUGUUUUUCUUUUAGUGUUAGGAAACACUAAGCUGUGUUUUAUUUCCUUUUAUUUUUUGCGACAUUUAUUUGAUGUUAGUAAACCUACGUAAUUGUGAGAGAUAUUGAAAGUAGUUCUAUGUAUUACUUGUGAUUUACGUUGAUUUUUUUUCUUUUUUUGUCAGGUCAUAUUUGUGAAGUAUAUUUUUUUAUAAUAUUGAAGUAAUAUAAGUUAAUACUCUCCAGAGAAAACAAUACGCCCUGAUUACUCAUGAAUUGUGGAAACGCAAAUGGCAAAUACAAAAUAUCAUGUACUUCCUGUGAAUCAAAUUUUGCCUUUUUUUCUCUGUGUUAAAUAUUCGUAACAGAUUGCGAUUGCGGUAUUUUCACUGGUGAUCUGGCUGUCGGGUCUAGUGUCCUUUGGUUUCGGGCAGAAAACUACCGUCAAAAUGAAAUACAGGUACCUUGCAAAACAUCUUGGGAUAAUUACAUGAUUUGGUCUUUGAGACAUUCUGCAAAUGUCUUCUCUUUGUCAUUUAAAGAAGUCAAAACUCCUAUUUUUGAUAGCGAUUGCAACACGUGCCAUUUUAACAACUCUCCGCCCCGGGGGCUCGCCGCCUUCGGCUGGGGAGAGCUAUGAAAAUGAGCAAAAAUAUGCACAAAAAUAGAGACCAUUUUUAUGUAAUUUUAAUGUUUGCAGUUACCUCACACGCCGUACAUUCCAAAAUGAAAAUUUGUUAUACUAUACAUACUACCAGACAUAUCACUUUAAAAAAAUGUUCGUUAUGGGAAAAAUGUAUAAUCAUAGGUAUGUAUCUAAAGUGUAUCUGUAUAGCCAUGAUAUCUACAAAGGAUCCAUGCACAAUAAAAGAUUUAUAAUUCUUAA